CCAUUCUUCGGGUUGUGCAGCAGCUUUUGCACAGUUGCUGCCUUUAAGGAGAUCUGGAAAGAGUGAGUGGGUACAACAUGGCAUCCCAGCAUUUCUAUUUGAGGGUAAUGGGGCUGGCUGUACUGCUGACAUUAUUAGCUCUUAGAGUAUCCAGUGACGGCCACUUACACAAGAUCUUGAGGAAGAGAGAUGUGGCAGGAACUGGUACUGCCCCAUCACGGUCAUCAGUUGCAGUUCCUUCUUCCAGAGCCAAAGAGUUCCUGGCAAAACUGAGCAGAACCAAGAGGAACCUUUGGGAUCGCAGCAGACCAGACGUACAGCAGUGGAUUAUGCAGUUUAUGUACAUGGGAUUUGACGAGCAGAGGCUGGAGGCCGACAUGGCGUACUGGAGGGACCACAUGCGUGCCAACGACCCCGGCCGUCAGCACCAUUAUGAUGAAAACGCUCCCAUUGCCCCGCAAGAUCCUUCUUCUUACAGACACGGCGCUAAUGUUAACUACGACUACUAUUAACCCCAGACACGCUCACGUCUGGGUGCAGAUCAGUCCCAUCAGAGUGUGUUACAUUAAGCAGCAUUCAUUCCCAGGAGACACACCCUUACUCCAACUUUAAAUUAGGUGUACUAAAAUGAAUCAUUUGGAUUAUGAGCAGAUUUAUGCACUCACUGCAUUGAGAAUACAAGUACACACACACCAAAGGGUUUGGAUCUCUCAGUUAGUCGCCUUCUAUCUCUUUAGUCUCACACCUGUUCAAGUACUUCACAGGUAAUCUGUCUUUUCUGUAGUGUAGCCCCUUGAAAAUCAUCCUUUCAUCCCCAUCUUUAUAUAUUUCUCAUUAUAAUUUUCUCUCUUUCUACAUACCAAUUAUAAAAUAAAAACUAUUUUUAUUCAUAGACAUCCACCUGCCCGACAACUGCAGCUGGUUUCCUCUCUGCCUUUAGCUGUAAAUAAAGAUAUAGCUUCUGUACUUCUUUGGCUCUGCCAUGUUUUUUUUUCUUAAAUCCAACUCAACAAUGAGUGAGUGUGUUUUACCAUCGACAUCAUACGCAAAGUAUUGGAAAUAUUUUAUUAAAAUAGCAUCUUCACCCGAAAUAAUUAAUCCACAAACACGGAUGAUGUUGUGAAAAGCAAAUGAUGCUGUAACAGUCUUUCUAGAAGUUUUAUCCCAGCCCUGCGGUGCGCUGCAUGGACAGCCAACAGGGUGCCGGCACGCCACUGAUCGAAGGACAAAACAUCCAGUGGAAAAAAACAAAUUCAGAUAGCUUGUUUCUACAGACAAAACACAAAGUAAACACAAAGCACAGAUGCGCAGUGCAAGCUGUUUGCAGAAUUCUCAUGUCGGCGAUUUAAAUAGCAAAAGCAUAAAUUCACAAAAGAAAGUAGAUUGAGGCAAGUUUCUUGCCUUCA